CCCAAGGUUGCAAAGAGCAAGCGUGUAUUCGCGGAGAUGAGAAUCAUGCCGUUAGCUAUUCCAUGAUUGUAUAUACGCGAAAGUAUCACAGCACUUGGACACACAACAAGAGAAGAAAGUGCGAUGAUUCGCUGAGAGAAAUUCCUCACUACUUUGUGCCCUCGCAGUGAACAUUCUUGUCAUCAUCGCAUCCACACAUAAUUGCACAUGCCAAUAGAGACUAACACCGUAGUGGCAUGACAUUUACGAGUUUCAUUCAUUGUCAUAUUAGUAGGUAGCAGGUAGAACUUAUACGCAGAUGUUACGAUCUCUGGUGUGCUGUUUAGCAAAAAGUGAGCAACCCAAUCCCGUUUCUCCGAGCAGAUAGUGUUCUUAUUCUCGCUCUCAGAUAGCCAUCAGUUCGUUUUCUUCAAAGCCCAUCAGUCAGUCGAUGUAAAAAGGUUUGAUGGUGCAGAAAUAUGUAUGAAAAGUGAAAAAAUCGACUUUUUCUCCUCGGGAUCAAAAGGGAAAAAGUAGAAGGAUAUACACACAAAAGAAGAUAAAAUAUCCAUUUCAUGUGAUAGGUAUUAGAUAUUUUGGGUUUUCCUUUAGUGCAAAAGUGAUUCAAUUUUGUAGUAGGCACGGUGCAAUAAAAAUUUGCAGCAAGAAGAAAUUUACGUGGGAUACAGAUCUCGUGAGGAAGUUGUGAGCCUGCACAGUGAUAAAAAAGUGUUGAGUGUAAAAAAGAAAGGAAGAUAGCAAGUAACGAAACGUGUGUGGAAUAUCGAUUUCGUAUAUCGUCACAAGAACCUCCGCUGAGCAUUAGGAUACAGGAACAACAUUUGCAUCUUUCCGCCCUGGAAACUAAGACUGCAAGGACUGGAAAAUGUUUACGGGUACACUCCGUUUGAAAGUCUGCGAAGCCUGUGGUCUGCGACCGACGGAUUUUCAAACGCGACAUGCGAUGACUUUUGGCAGACUGGGCGAUCAACUCAUCGAUCCGUAUGUCUCGAUAGAUGUUGACGAAAAAUUCAUAGACCGAUCCACAACAAAACAGCGCACAUUCGAUCCAGUGUGGAAUGAAAGCUUCAUACACGAGGUGGAAAGUGCCAACGCGCUUGGCAUGACGAUAUUCCAUGAAGGUCCCAUAACGGACGUUUUUGUGGCCAACACGACAAUUCCUUUCGAAGAUUUGAUGUCACGGAACGAAACCGACCAGCAAGACUUUUGGGUGGAUUUGGAACCACAAGGCCGAUUGCACGUCAAAAUCGAUUUACGAUGGAACCAGGAAGCCAACAGUGUAGCAUCACAACAGCAAAAUUCAUGCCGUCGCACUGGCGUCAAGGAUCAGCCCUUCUUGAAUCGACGGCGCGGUGCUAUGAGAAGGCGCGUCCAUCAGGUCAAUGGUCACAAAUUUAUGGCCACGUUUUUACGUCAGCCAACGUUCUGUUCUCACUGUCGGGAAUUUAUAUGGGGAGUAAUAGGCAAGCAAGGCUAUCAGUGUCAAGUUUGCACAUGUGUGGUUCACAAAAGGUGCCACAGUUCAGUCGUUACAAAAUGCCCAAAGAAAAAGGAUGAGCAGGCUAAGCCUACGCCGCAGGACGCGGCCCAGCGCUUCAAUGUAAAUAUACCACAUAGGUUUUCAGUGCACUCUUUCAAGCGGUUGACAUUCUGCGACCACUGCGGCUCGCUGCUGUACGGCAUCAUUAGACAGGGUCUUAAGUGCGAAGUGUGUAGCAUGAACAUUCACCGGCGCUGCGAGGGCAACGUGGCCAACAACUGUGGCAUUAACACCAAGCAGCUGGCCGAGUUGCUCAACGAGAUGGGCAUCACCAUGGAUAAAACACCACCACGUAGAUCUAAGUAUAUGAAUCAAACGCCUAGUGAUAAUUCCUCCAUCUCGGAACGUAGCGAGGACAGUUCGUUGGAUUCGCUCUCGACCAAGAGCAGCCAGGAUACUGACAGUCAACAAUUGCUGCUGGGCGCACAUCAUGGGGGUGGUCGGGCCACCUCCAGCCAACAGUCAAAGCCAUCCGGUGGCACGUCUCAGGAAGACGACAGCAAUCGAUCGGCGAGCGGGGGUCUGACGGUGGGCAAGACGUGCCUAAAUGAUUUCAACUUCAUCAAAGUGCUGGGCAAAGGCUCCUUCGGCAAGGUUAUGCUAGCCGAGAAGAAAGGUACCGACGAGGUUUACGCCAUCAAGGUGCUGAAAAAGGAUGUAAUCCUGCAGGACGACGACGUGGACUGUACGAUGACUGAAAAGCGAAUUUUGGCGCUGGCAGCCAAGCAUCCGUUUUUAACUGCGCUGCAUUCUUGCUUCCAAACCCCCGAUCGAUUGUUUUUCGUAAUGGAGUACGUUAACGGUGGCGAUCUGAUGUUCCAAAUUCAGAGAGCACGUAAAUUUGACGAACCUCGGGCGGCGUUUUAUGCAGCGGAGGUGACGCUUGCGCUACAAUUUCUGCACCGCAACGGGGUGAUAUAUCGAGACCUAAAGUUGGACAACAUCUUACUCGAUGCAGAAGGUCACUGUAAACUCGCUGACUUUGGCAUGUGUAAAGAGGGCAUCACUGGAGAUAAUUUGACCUCCACUUUCUGUGGUACACCGGAUUACAUUGCUCCGGAAAUUCUUCAGGAACUUGAUUAUGGGCCGUCAGUGGAUUGGUGGGCUCUUGGAGUACUUAUGUACGAAAUGAUGGCCGGUGCUCCACCAUUUGAGGCGGACAACGAAGAUGAUUUAUUUGAGGCGAUAUUACGGGAUGAUGUUCUUUAUCCUGUUUGGCUAUCUCGAGAAGCAGUAUCGAUUCUGAAAGGAUUCAUGACAAAAAAUGCAGCGAAACGGUUAGGCUGCACGGAUGGCGAAAAUCAAAUUCGUGCCCACCCAUUCUUUAAGGAUAUGGACUGGGAAGCACUGGAACAACGGAAAGUACGACCCCCAUUCCGGCCCCGAGUGGUAAGUAUCAUUUUUUUUUAUUACAACAACCAGCUGAAUCGACUCCUGACGAGAAUGUUCUUACAGCGGAGUGCCCGUGAUGCUCUCAACUUUGACACCGAGUUCACCAAAGAAGACCCAGUAUUAACCCCAGUGCCGAAAGAUAUAAUUCGCUGUAUCAAUCAGGAAGAAUUCGCCGGCUUUUCAUUUGUGAAUUCCGAGUUUGGCCCGGAACGUAGGAUUGUUUGUUAAAAGGCGGAUUUCGCUUAGUGCACAACACAUUGAAUAUUGCGAACGUACCGCUAUAAAGUGAUAAAACCAAAGAGUAAAAAACACAAACCAACAGGCACGUGCAACAAACACAGUGGGACGUCGUUCCUUCCACGGGAGCGCGUGAAUGUAGUUUAAGCUAGUUUUAUAGAAACGGAUGAGUCCUAAUUUUAUUACAAACGUACGAGUGGAAAACGCAAGGCCUCCGGUCCUGCAAUACUUGUCGAGUUGUUUGGACAUAUACCCGACAAUUUACACAUGAGAUUCAUAGUUCGGAAAGGCGCUGAAGGAAGCGUAGAGAUUCAAAAGGAAAAGGAGCCUGAUAGUUUCAGUAGUUUUAAUAGUUAACGCUGAAGCAUUAUGAAUGCUAACCUUUCGUUGACGAAUUUGUUACUUCUCGGUAUUGAAUUAGUUGCCAUAAAUCGAGCUUCUCGAUUUUAAUUAUUAAUUUAUUUAUUCUGUUUUUAGAUUUGUUUACUCGAGAUAGCUUUAUUAAUGAUUGACGCUUAAGCAAGCCAUCAAAGUGCAAUAUUUGAUUGUUAAUUAGUGCUUUUAGUUAAUUCAUGUGAUCAGGUUAAAAUAAUAGAAUCUUCAAAGGUUUAAAAUGAACUAGUAGCUAUAAAUUAUAUGUUGACCUCUGUCAAUGAGUGCAAUUUUUACCAGUCAAAAUUUUAUGCCAUUUCAGCAAGCCGACGAGAUUUUAAGGGGCGAAAUAACUUACAGCAUGUUGGUGAAUUGGCAUAUAUGAUAAAAGUUCCUCUGCGACCCUUUGAAUAAACUUUGAAAGUAUAAGUUCAGAUGCCAUAUUAUUGUCAAUUGUAUUACACCUUAGUAUCGCUUUACUAAACACAAACGAAGCUAUGGGCAACGUUUCGCUUUUGAAGUUACCUGUCUCUGCCGUGAGCGUGGAUGCCUGCAGCAGAAUAUUUGGUUCCUAACCAUUUCUAUUUGAACGAAUGGCAUCAGAAACAAGACAGCUGCGCUCAACUAUCAAAUCGCGAUUUAUACUAGUCAUUAGAGUACUUUUGUUUCAGAUUGAAGUUUAUAUUCUAAGAUUUUUUAUCAAAUUUACGUUUGUAAGAAUGUAUUGUUGUGAACCUAUCGAAACAGAAAGAAUCUAGUUAAUCGUAUCGUUCAGAUACAAAUGCGGAUCAUUUGUGUCGAAAAAGCGCAAUCUGUUUAGAUGCUCCCUGUUCUUGGAAUAAUCAUUUACUAGAUAUAAAUACCGGAUACCCACAACAGUAGCUGUUGUCUAGAGUGGGACUAGUUUUUCGACUAUUCUCUGCUAAGGGCACUGUGGAGAAAUGGGGGAUAAAAGAAAGUUGCUGUAUCUCUCUGAACCGAAGAAUAAUAGCUUGCGAUCAGGGUAGGAGACAUCUUGACGGUCGAGUGCGUAUAUUUGAAAUUUCGAAAGAAAAUGAUUAAUAAGCAAAAAAUGUUCGCUUGAAGACACUCUUACGGUUGUUAUUUAUUGAUAAGAUGCACAUAACAGUCCCACCUACAUAGGACUACCUCUGCAAAUCGGACUGUUGGGCAAAUCAUGGUAGUAUAUGAAACCUGUCAAAAUCCUCUAGCGGACAAUGAGCUGAUAGCAUUCUAAGAUGCAUUUUAAGACAAAAAUCAACCAGAUUUCUCUUUCAACAGACUAGCAUGUAUCAGUACAUCGAUUAUGUUGCUUCAGUUUCACGAGUGCCAUCCAGAGAUCUUAACCACUGUUCGAGAAAUCGACAAAACUGGUCGAAUGAAGUCACACAUCCCAACCAACUAGUCAGAGAUUCGUGCUUUUAACAUCGAUUACGCAUUAUUGUACCCAUUGAGGUAAAAAUCACCAAAAGAAGGAAAGGAUGGAGCGAGAACAUCACUUUUGUUUUCAUCAAGUGAAUUCCCAUGGCUAAAACUCUUUAAAUUUUAAUCAAUAUACUCUCUGUGUUCAUUUCCAACACAAUCCAUCAUUUCAUCCAACAGUGAUCCACAAAUGAAUUGAGACUCGACACUUCGAUCUGUAUUUCUAAACGAGUGCUGACAGCGGCAUGUGGUCAUUAAUAAUUAUAUCUUUUACUUCUACUCGGUUCGUCCCGCGAGACAAAAUUUUCAAAAUCGGACGAAUUAGCAACUGUUUGCUAAGUAAACACCGGUCCUUGGGAGGAGGACUAAAUUUUGCGCCUGUUUGUCUCGAAGUGUGUUACGUCAAGUCCUCUAUUUUGUCUAGUCCAGUGUAUCAAGCUCCUAACAACGCAUGUUAAAUCGUCAGUGAUGAUGCACCUCACAUUAAUUCCGCUCCUGUCUUGUUCCUGAUCUGCUCUUGGGUCCCCUAGGUCUGAAGCGGAUCAUUCGACUAUUAACUAAUUCAGAGAGAUAAUCGUAAUGUCUACGAAUACUAAUUUUCCUGUAACUAUCUAUUCUGGAGUUAUUAUGUUAAUGAUCAUUUUAUUUUAAAAACAAAAACAAUUUAAGAUUUUAAUUGUUAGAACUAAGUCAUAGAGAACAUACAUCCAGUUUCGAACAAACAAUUUAAAAUGCUUGUUUUGUCAUUUGAACAAAUAUUUGCUAGACCAUUACUACCACCAUACUGGCAUAUCCCAUAAUUAUAACGAUCACUUGGGUAUCAAUUCAGUAACACUCACGCACUAAACGGCACAACGGAAUCACCUUUGGUGGUAACCUCUCGAUUACCUUUGGAUGUGUCUUUUAAGCUUGAGAUGAAUGUCUGUUCUCUGUGCCGAAAUUGAUGUUGCUUCUCAGUUUUGCACGACCCAGGGGGAACUUGGCCUUGAUCCCACUGCUCUAUCAUCGAUGUUUCGUGAUAUUCAUUAUGGAAUAUAGUUUGUUUGGGGCCAUUCAUAAACAAUGUCUCGAAGAAAAAAGUCUAAAAAUUGUUGGUUUUAUUAUG